CAUGCUGGUUUUGCACACUCACGCACAUAUCACAACGUGCAAGAGACAUACAUUCACACGGAUGCACAAAAGGCAUGUUUCCUCUCGUGUCUUAAUGUGAUUUCUCAUCUAAUUUUUCGAGUCCUCUCCCUAAAGAUCCAUGAAUGGUACAUGCUAUGCUGAAAAAAAAAUGCAGUAGACCCCCUUCAGGCUUCUUGGAACAUUCCACUGACCACAGAAGGAGGGGUGCGGUGUGUGUACCAAGACACAGCGAGGCACUGUACGAGAACGGCGGCACACCAGACUCGGCUGAAUAAUACAGCAUCUACAUCGUCUGUGAGGGGUGGGGUACGGCUUAGCUAAAAUCUCAGAGAGAGAGCGACAGAGGGAGGAAGAGAGAGAAGAGGAGGGAGAGACCACACCAGGAAAAGAAAACAUCAAGGGAUGAAAGGAGACACCCCAGUGAAUAGCACCAUGAGCGUCGGACAGGCCAGGAAGCUGGUGGAGCAGCUGAAGAUCGAAGCCAGCAUGUGCCGGAUCAAGGUGUCCAAAGCAGCAGCAGAUCUGAUGACGUACUGUGAUGCCCACGCCUGCGAGGACCCUCUGAUCACCCCCGUGCCAACUUCAGAAAACCCCUUCAGGGAGAAGAAGUUCUUCUGUGCUCUCCUUUAAAGGGAGAGAGAGAGUGGGAGGGAGGGAGGCUACAGCAGAUACAGUCAGAUACACACAUCUUGCAAACUCACACAAACAUGCCAGAGAUGACAACAUGACCUGGUGGCAUUUCCAUGCGCAUCUUCAAUGUCCUCCAAACAUCAGGAAACAGUUUUCAAAUACAGUGUAUUUAUUAAAGGUAUAUUGGAAUGUCUGUAGUCUAACCUCUAUUGCAAAUAUAUAUAUAUAUAUAUAUAUAUGUUGACAUUUGUUACAAGCAAGCAGUUACAUCAGCUCUGUGAUACUAGCAAAUCUCUCCAUCUCCAAACACACCCGAUGGAAAAAAAAAACUCUUGAUAAUUCUACAGAUGAAUAAAAUAAGAAUGUGUAUAAGUGAUCAGAAAUAGAAAUAAAUGAGAAAAAUAAUUUUUUUAAAGUAACCGUGUAAGGCAUCAGAAAUAGUUUGCAAUUAUUUACAACCAAUAUUUGUAUUAUGCACAAAUGACUUUUGCUAAGUUUUUUAUUGCUAUUUUUUUCAGUUACAGUAUGCCGGCAGUUCUGCAUGUUUGUGCUAUUUUGUUGUGGUUAAAAAAAACAUUGUGUCAAAAUUCAAGGUUUUUGGACUUGAAAUGGAGAUAAAGACCAAGGGGAAAAAAGCACAACAGCUUUGGGUAUACAAGACAAUUCUAGAAUUACACACACCGAUACAACAUUGUAAUUGAUGCAUUAACCAUUUCUCUGCCACACAAAAGGUUUUCACCUGGUAUCGUGACUGGGGAUUUGCUUGUGGAAGGAUGACGUGAAUUGUGUCAUUACCGUACGAUGCUGUUUAUUUUGACAGAACUAUCUGAGGGAAGCAUCCAUGUCUCUCAGGGACUACAGGUACCAUCGAGUUGUCAUCAUGAUUAGUUUUACUCUAUAGGGCCUGUCACUGUAUUUAUACGUUUCCACCAUACGUGCAGGAAAAAUUUUGAAUAUUUAAACGUUAGCGCGUGUGUAGAUAAACGGAUGGCACCAUGGCACUUCGUAAUAAAGUCCUUUCACUAUUAA